GACAAACCGAUAGUUAUAGUUCGUAUGCAUGAUUGCAGUGAUUAUUUACACAGAGACGCGCGCACACGCGUACACGCUGCUUAAAUUGCUUUGCCUCAACUUUACGUACAUGGAAGAGCGUUUCAAGUUCUCCAAGCCAAAACCCAUAGUUAAGUCGUUCUUCGCUGUAUAUUAAUCGUUGAUGGCGAUAUAGAAUGCCGGAAGUACCGGCGGAGCAGCAGCGUUAAAGUAUAACGGCGAGAGCACAGACUCUGCGCUCCCUGCAGUAGCUUGGGAGCAAUAAAUUGCGAAGUAUAAUAAUGUUGCGCGCGUUCGUUGAUCGUAAGAAUUCGUCGACAUCGGUAGUACUCGAAAAUAAAGAUUAUAAGGAGAAUAUGAAUCACGCGAUAUGCUACUUGAGAAGAUUGCUUCGGUUCAUCGGUGUUUGGUCCUUGGUAAAGAAAAAUCGAGAAAGGAGAGACAUCGUAAUAGCAGUACUUCUUAUAAUAUUGGCGACGCUGUUACCGUCAUUCGUAAUGGUUCCGUGCAUAUUGCACGCCUUACUGAGAGAACAGAAUCCAAACAAAAAAAUGAAAUUACUCGCACCGAUUGGUCUCCGCGCGGCGAAUUGCGUUAAAUAUUACGCUAUGCUUAAUCGUCUCGAUGCCCUCAAGUUUUGCUUCAAACAAGUUGAAACCGAUUGGAUGACGGUGUCUACUCUCGCCGAUCGCCAAAUUAUGAGAAAAAAAGCCAUUUUAGGACGGCGCAUAACUAUCUUAUGUAUAAUGGUUUUUUAUACUAGUACAUUGUCUUACAAUGCGAUUCUGCCAAUUUGGCGUGGUAGUAAAAUAAACGAAUUUAAUAAAACUAUCAGACCGGUCGUCUAUCCCGGUUAUGAUAUAUUCGUCGAUCCCCAAGCAUCUCCUACGUACGAAAUCAUCUUUUGUACCACCGUUUUCGCGGCUUGUUCCACUUAUACGGUUAUAUCCGGAUCGUGCAGUUUAGCUGCCACCUUUGUUACUCACGCUUGUGGCCAGAUUGAAAUUAUCAUAUCCCGUCUCAAAACUAUAUUCGAUAACCUUCAGGGCAACGAUCACCGACUUCUCAAUGAUCGUAUUUCCUUCAUUGUACGACGUCACGUUAGGGUUCUUAGUAUGACAGAAAAGAUCGAAGAGCUUCUCAAAGAGAUUUGUCUUUUGGAAGUGGUGUCGUCGACUCUAAUAAUGUGCUUGCUCGGAUACUAUUUUAUGAUGGAAUGGGAAAACGCUGACAUAGCCGCUAUGUUCCCUUAUUUCCUGGUGCUAUUUUCUUUGUCUCUCAAUGUAUUCGUGUUUUGCCAAAUCGGUGAAAUUCUUACGGAACAGUGUGCUGAGAUUGGAAAAGCCGUAUACAUGAUCGAUUGGUAUGACAUGCCGGGGAAAACUGGUUUGGCAUUAAUAUUGGUAAUCGCAAUGGCAAAUAUUCCUCGUAAAUUGACAGCAGGUGGAAUGAUAGAUCUUUCGGUCGCCAGUUUCGGUGCUAUUAUAAAAACGUCAGCGGUAUAUUUUAACAUGUUACGGGCGAUGGAUGAAUGAAGAGAAAUGUAACACAAAAUAAUGAUGACUUUCGACUCCAAAGAUAGUAAACUGCUGUGUAUUUAUUUUGAGGCAAUAGUCGGUGUGACGUAACGAAAUAUUAAAAUUAAUG